ACACAGUUUACAUAUAAUACCGCGGUUUGUGAUAGUUGUCGAACCUAAACAGUGACAAUGUAGCUUGCGUGUGUGUGUGUGUUAUCCUGCAAAUUUUAUAACUUGCACAUGAUAUCAGAAAACCUUUGUAAUAAUGAAGAUGAGUUCUAAAGGGACAACAAAAAGACCAAACAACAUGACUCUUCAUAUGGAGUGUUAUUCGGAAGAUCUGUCACCAGUUCAAAUCGAUAGACGUAAUAAAGCAAAGCAAAAGAAGACGGAACUGAAAGAAGUAGUAGAAAACUGGAGGAGAAGUGAAGGGGAUUUAGUAACCCGUAUUAGCGACGACUGCUUCGUUUUGGAACGGCUAUGUACACCAUUACAACCCAAGUCACACGUGUCGAAACCUGUCGCGUCUGUGGAUGUAGCACCAUCCAUUAUAUCAGAGCAACCCAUCAUGCUGCAGCCACGGAAUGUAUCGUCGCUUGUGUCUCACCAGCCAGUUAUGUUACCUAAUCCAAUAAACAAACACCAAACAAGUGUUCGUGGCCAGACAACUAAUAGUGUCAUCACCCAACCUUGCGGUUUGCUAGUGAGAGACACAAGACGUACCCGAGUUAUGGGUGUGGUUAGUGGUUCUCAACCUACAUCAUUAGCUCCUCACAUGGUAACAACAGCACCAAGUAUGCCAAAGGCAGUACCACUCUCCUCUGUUGCAGUACCAAGCUUACAAGUUUCAUCUCCAAUGCAAGCUCCAGGAGUCAUAAUGAACAGAAACAUUUCACUACAGAGUAACAAUAUUUUACAAUCUCCAACAAUUCGUCCGGUGAAUACUGUUGGUAUUGUUCUACAAAGCACGAAUUCAGCACCAUCAAGAUACCCAGCACCUGUGCGUGUACCAUUAAGUGAAAAUGCUUCAGCAUCCAGGCCAGUCAACACGACUUCAGGAGGUAUAGUUACACAACAUACACCAUCCAUCCGUGUUGCACACUAUGGACCACGUCAAAGUCCUGUUAGGUCUCCACGUAUUCCACAAACAUCGCCUACACUCAGGAGCCGCAGUCAUGUUGCCUUAGUAAGAAAUGUUCGGCCGAUGAUGCCUGCACCUCGUGUUACAGUUCCUGCACGUUCGUUAAUGGUACAACCAGUAACUGUAGGAAGACCACCUGGUGUACCCGCUAAUAAAAAUCCCAGCAGACUUCCAAAUAACCCACAAGUCCCCCCACCUAAUAGUGCAAGCGGCGCUCCAGUGGUUGACCUUACAUGUGAUGACAGCCCAAGUGAGAUUCCUGCUGACACUCGUGAAAUAACUUUCAAUAAGUUAAUAGGGAAGACAUUCCCAUCACUUGUUGUGACAGCUCGUCCCAGCAUACGGGUAAAAGAAGUUACUGCAGUGCAGCUGUCUGAAGACCGUACUGAAUUAGACAAAAAAGUGAAGAAAGUGUUGAUGUUCACGCCAACAAAGUUUUCUGAAUGGAUGAUUCAGGAAGGGUUAGUUCGUAGUGAUCAAUACUGUCAAACACAUGUAACUCCAUAUGGUGAGAAAAUACCUUUAAAAUUGGGUAUAUACUCUGAUGUCAGUAAGUUUCCAUUCAGUGGUGGAUAUGUUUGGAUUAGUGACUGUUGCCCACAAAGAUUUGUUUCUGUUUUCAGUGGUUCAAUAUUUGAAGGAUCACCUCAUCCUCCCACUGUACUUGUUAAACUCAUAUAUCACUGGGUUGUACAGACAAGUAUUCAAAAUGUUAUUCAAUGGGUUAAAGUAGACAAUCUCUAUGUGAAGGGAUUUUACACACAUCUGAGAAGCAUUUGCACAGCUGCAGUGGCUGAGAAGUUUAGCAGAAUGGGUGGUCCAAACAAAAAGAUUGAAAUAGGAGUAGUAAGCCUGGGAAUAACAGCACAUGGUGGGAAGUCACGGAAUGUGAAAGUAGAAGUUCUGGGAAUUAUGGAUCCAGUUAAUAAAAUAGUGAGGUUACAAGCAGUAGAGCCCAUUAAAAUGGGUGAUCCUGAUUAUCAAUCUCGUUUUAUAAAACUUCUAAAUCCUGUUAAGGAAUGGGUUGAUAAAGACUCUAUAAUCUUAACAGAUUAUACUGUGGACAAACCCACUCUCCAAGCUAUAGGAUUCAAAACUAUUUACCAGGUACCUGCAGGCGAAGAACAAACAGCCCAGAAUAAAUACAGCAAUCAUAAUGUUAUGAAUUACUUGCGGAACAAUGUUCCAAAAAUGUUUCAAAAUACUCUCUCUCUCCUAAGCAGGCAGAUAAUCCAGCAGUUUUUGGAUGAGCUUGUUUGGCGUGAGCAGUGGGGAUAUACACCUUAUAAAGGUUUCCAUAAUAUGUUAACUCAUAUGGCGGAACAAGUGAAAUUGGAUUCCAAUGAAAGUUUGCUUACUCGUUUAUCAAAAAUUGCUUCAGAUCCAUUUAAAUGCUGGACAUACAGUGUCUUAAAAACCCCGCCCUUUACUCCAGCGGGAGUUCAGUUUCCAGCAAAAUUAAAAGACUCAGAAAUACAGCAGUCAGCUAGCCAGAUACCAGGUGAUGCCAGUACACCACCUGCUGUUAGUGGCAUUGAUCUGCUUCCUCAGAGCAUACGCGAGACUGGACCCACAGAUCCUGCAAAACCUCUGAAAAGUGUAAAGAAACGGUCAAGUGCAUCGGUUGAAUCUUCAGAUACAAAACGAAUAGCUAUUGACAGUGCUAGUCAGCCAGCCACACCCACUCUAAGUGCAAAGAAACGGCCAAAUACAUCAGUUGAAUCUUCAGAUUCAAAACGAAUAGCUGUUGACAGUGCAAGUCAGCCAGUUACACUCCCUCUGCCAGAAGAAAUGGUACAACUGGAAACAUUUUACUAUGGACAACUGCCAGGGGAAAAGCACAUACUUGAAAUGGAACAUAAAGAUACAGAUGGCAUUGUUUGUCAGUCAUGUUAUCAAACUUUUCCAAAUAAUACUGAAUUGUUGCAGCAUUUGAUUUGUCAUGCACAGCCAAAUGGCAAAGACCUGCCAGAAAUUAACAUUAAUUUACAAUGCAGGUACUGUUUGAAAUUCUUUGCAAGUCAGUAUGCUUUGCAAGUGCAUCUUGAAGAAAUUCAUUUUAAUAAUUCCACAAGUCUUGUCUGCCGUAUUUGUGAGAGAAAGUUUCGAACACGGGUUACAUUAAUAUCUCACAUGCACACAACACAUUUCCAAUUAGAAAUGCCAUAUGAAUGUGGUAUUUGCAAAUUUAGGUCAUCCUUACACAAAGAUGUUGUAAACCAUUUCCAUGAAACACACAUUAACACUAUGAAGCUGCAGUGUCCAUUCUGUCUAAAGGUGGUUGCACUUUCCAAGACAAAACAGAUACUUGCACAGAAUAUUUUCUUCUUCAUUAAUCAUCUGCAAAAGCACCAAAGAAAAUCUCUUUGUAUGAAAUGUAGUACAUGUGUAUUAUGGUUUGCACAUAAAGAUAUUCUUAAAGAGCAUCAAACAAGAGAUCACAGAAGUUUUUGUGGUAGACAGGAUGAAGUUAUUCCUUUUAUGAAUAUUACUGGUUUUGAUAUAAUGAUGCCAAAGCCUCCUCCUGCUGCUACAAAACCUUGUCAAAUGAUAUCUAUUUCCAAAAAUGUUUUUACUAGCUCUCCUAAUUCAAAAAGUUUGUAUACUUCUAAAUCUUUCACAGACCUGAAAAUUGUGUGUGUUGAUGAGGAUGCUUUGUGUAAUGAAUGUGAGGGGAGAGUACUAGAGGACAACCAUUUUGCAACUGAAAUAUCUUGUGCAUGUUGUUCGUAUGCGACUUGUUGUACAAAGGCAAUGAUGGACCAUGUGUUGAUAUUUCACCAAGACUCAAUAAAGAACAGGUCACAGUUCAACAUGGGCCGAGUAAGUAGAUUAGAAAAACCCAUGUACUGUGUGUGUGGGUUCACAUCCUCCAGUGGAAAUUGUUUAGCACGGCACUUAGCACUGUGUGAUGAGAAGACAGCGUACCCAGAGCCAUACUGCCCAAAAAUUGUUGAAUUGUCUUCUGCUUCUUUCCCUCCUCUUGUCACCCUUGAUGAUACAGAUAAUGUAAGUGAAGACCCAAGUGACCGUUGGCUUAAAGCAUUUGUGCCCCCAAGGAAAGAUGACAGUGACAAUUCAAGAAGUGCACCAGAUAAAAAAUUACUAGAACCACAAGAAAAGUUUACAGAACAUAGUGAGCCACCAAGUGUUCUCAACAUUUUAGGGCUGAUGCAGAAACCAUCCUCUGAUGUAACUGUUGUAAACAGCAGUGCACCGAAUUCCCCAAAGGUGGAUGACAAACAGUUUCCUGACCAAGAAGAGAGAGAAACAGAUCCUUCUUAAGACCGAUGGGAGUAUCUCAUAAAGAAGUUGCAUGAAGAAGGUAAAUUUCCUUAGAAAGUGAAGUAUGAUUCCAUAAUAAUAUAUGGACACACAAAAUUACUUACAACCUCAGCUAGAUAUAGUGGCAGGUACCAUGUGUGAUCUAAUUUCAUUUGUAUUGUAAUGAUGUGGUGUCACUGAAUUCAGCACAACAUAUGUUAUGUGAGUUCUGUGUUGGUGUUAAUUUUCAUUGUGAAUAGUUUUUGUAUGACUACAUACAUGUUCUACAGCACUUGAACCCUUUAAAAGUACCUCGCAUGACGUCAGUGGUGUUAUGUUGAUUGUCUUUGUAGCGACAGAGAGGUUUAUCACAUUAGUGGAUUAAAUUCAUUGCAGACUGAUGUUGCUCUGUGCAUAAUGUUAGUAAUGCUUAUAUACAUAUGUUCGAUGAGUGUAUUAGACUAAAUGAGGCAUCUUUUGAAAGUUUUUGUAUGGUGUCAUUCAUUUGCAAUUAUUUAAUAUGAAGAGAUAUUUGAAUCAGGCACAUUUAUAAUACAAAAGUUUAUUUUAGUUACAGUGCAGCUUUCUGCCAGAUAUUUGUCACUUUCAUGUUUGAGAACAUAAGGGGCAUUAUUUAUAUAUGUCAGUAUUAAUGUACAGAUAUUUUGUAUGAUAUGUCACUUUUUACAAUAAGAUAUUGGUAAAUAUUCUUAUACAGUGUUUGCAUUCAUUCAUGUUGUCACACAUCAUGUUCUGUUAAAUUAAUCAUGUGGGAGAUGCAACAAAUUUAAGCAGCUUCUUUAGAAUAUUUUCUGGUAACCGCUAACUAUUAUUAACGUUAGGUGACUUUUAUAUCAGUGUGUAUGAAGGACACAUUUUUGCCUGUAUUUACUUUAUAUGUGAUGCCAUAGACUGAAAAUAGAGAAGCUACAGCAUUUUGAAAGGAAGGUAUGGACUCAAUUUGCCGUUGAUGCCAGAGACGGAACACUACUCCCUUGUAGCAAGGAUGAUGAAAUAAUUGCCUAUAACAUUUGUGGAUGAACCAACCCAACAUUCAUCCCAGUGAUUUAGUGAAACCAGUGUAAUGCUAUCAUCAUCAUCAGUUAUUUUACAUGUAUAUCAUCAUCAUCAGUUAUUUUACAUGUACCCAAAAUUUGUUCCAGUGUGUUCUCGUUCUUUUCUUAUUUCACAGAAUGCAGCAAAGAAUAUCCAUGGGUAUCUGCCAUGCAUUUUCCUGGCUACACAUCUCAUCCAUUUCGUUUCAGUCACAAUAAUAUAUUUUAUCCCAGUCUGUUCCCCGGUUGUUUUGCUGCUUUGCUCGUGUUUUGUAUUAACUGUCAGUGUAUAUUUUUCUUAUAUGUGAAAACCUAAGUUUUAUCACUAGACACCUGUGUCUACCUGCCAUGAUCCGAAACUGAUAAUACAUGAAAUAUGCUUCCUAUUCAGAAACUCUGCUUGAUUAAAAUCUAUUUUUAUUUAUUUUUUGUGAAAAGUUUUGGUCGAUAUCUUGUACUUCAUAGAGAGAAAGUGGAGUGUCUAAAGUUUCUUAAUGCAUGGCAGGUUUAUUCCCUAUGAAAUAUAACAAUUACUUCCUCUGAAGAAAUUUUUAAAUAAUUUUGCAAGUGCCUUUUGGACUACUUUGCCUCUAAUUUUAACCAUUGCAAUUUAAACAUGCUUAUCUUCUGUGCCAUAGUUUGUUUAGUUUGGCGCAGUGUAUCAUUUCCCUAUACCUUUUCAAUAUUUGGACUGUUCUGUUAGUUUUCUUUUGUUUUGAUUUCUUUAUACCUGCAUCAUCUUUUGUUGUUUUCAUAAAUAUUUUUGUUAAAUAAUUGCUCUCUUUUGUCUAUAUGUAUAAGCUUAAUAUUUUAUACAUAAAUUACAGAGGGCAACAAUCAGUCGUCCUUUUUUUGCAGGUUUUAUUUGGCAAAUCCACAUUUCGGCUAGUGCCUAGCCAUUAUCAAUGCACUCUAGUCUAGAUGCAUGUCAGUUCCCCCGUUGUUUGGGAAUCAGUCACAGUUCUUUGAAUACUACUAUAUAAAAGCUUUUAUACAGUAGUAUUCAAAUAACUGUUACUUUUAUACAGUAGUAUUCAAAGAACUGUGACUGACGCCUGAACAACAGGGGGCUGACAUGCAUCGAGACUAGAAAAUAGGGCAUUGAUAAUGGCUAGGCAAAUAAAACCUACAAGAAAAGGAUGACUGAUUGCUGCACUCUAUAAUUUAUAAAUGACACCACAGUCGCUGACUGCACCCACUUUCCUAAUGGAAGGUAACCUGAUUAAUAUUUUAUGUUGCUGAACGUUUUACUUUAUGUGAUCCAAUACACUUCCCUAUUUUUGAACAAAUUCUUUUUAACUAUGUAUAUUUUUUCACAUCUUACAAGUGACUUAUCAUUUGCAGUUUGAAUUGGUUUAGAAUUGUCAUAUCCGAAUAAUCUCUUUAUUGUUUGACAAAAUAUAAUCAGUUUCACAUUUGGUCCUUGGCAACUCUUUCCUAGAAGAACGCACCAGAGGCAAACGUGUUGUGUUGCUUUUAGUAACUUUUACUAUUUUGUUAUCUCAUCAAUGUUAUAUCAGGAUGGGAAUUAAAAUUCUAUUCAUACCUGUUACAUCUCUAGAGACAUAAUAAUUUUUUUUUGUGAAGUUUACUAUUCAGUUACAAAGAAAGUUGUCAUAAACCUGAAGGUUAAGGGGGACCACCUAUGGUUUAGUGUGGACUCCAAUUCAUGGUGAAAAAAAGCCCCAUUCACAGUAAGAAACAUUUCCAAAGGCAAAGACAUGAUAAGUGACACUUAAAAUGUGUAGGGUGACAGGAGAGGAAGGGUCCUUUUUCCAGGCCUUUAGCUUGGAGGUGUAGCAACCAAUAAGCUGCCAAACCAUACCUUUACUAUUAAUUACGUACUUGACAUUUCAUUGAAUAUGAUAAAUACUGCUUGUUAAAAGUUACAGCCAGUAUGAACUACAUAAAUGGAGUUUUAUUUAUAACUAACAUGAUUUCUUACAGUGCUUAUUGGAUUAUACAAAACCAGAUUCCAAAUAUUCAGUGAUAAUGCAGGAAUAUCUAUAUACUUACUUUAUUUUUCUGGAGGUUGCCAAUUUCUUGUGUAUAUCUGUGAAGAACUUGAAAAAAGACAUUUUAAUAGACUAAAGAAGUCCACUUUGUACCCAACAUACGUAUGCAGAGUAGAAUCUUAUUUAUGUAUGUUGUAGUGUAGUCAUAGUACAGUGAAGACAAAGAAAGUGUGUGAAAGGGGGCAGAUAAAGAUGGUAAAAAAUACAAGCUGAACACGACUUUGGAACAGCUCAUCAUAGUGAUAAUUUGGUUUUAAUUUUUUUCUAUUUGGUAUUUCCAGGACUAUGGCAGUUGUUAUUACUCUGCAAAAUCCUUAGCUGAAUAGUAUGAGAAGAGUUGCAGCUUUCUUCUUCCAGCAUACAUAUAUAACAUAGUAAAUCCCAUAAUAAGUGUCUGUGGAAGUAGCUUAGCACUAGUCAUAAAUUAUUGUUACUGAAGUAGCCCGGAGUAUUAGCGUCUGUCUUAUAAUGUGUAGCUUGACUUGUUCCACAUUCUUGAAGGCUCUCCAUCAUUAUGGAUUGACAGAACAUGAUGUGUGAUUGAAUUCUAAAUGGCCACUUUGUUAAAGAAAAUGAAAUCUGGUAAAUAGUUGAAGUAAAUAUCCCUUUAUUGGUAAAAUACUGAAAAAUAAUCCGUAUUUGAACACCAGUAACAUUAGGUUCACAGGAACUGCCAAAGAGUCAACAGUGUAGCAGGGACUACUAUAUCUACAAAAAUUAUUAACAUAUUAUCCAACUGUGUGGCAAAUCUGUACAUGGCACUAAGAGCAGAUUUUUUUUGAGACCCUGAGUUUCCAAGGAGCUGUAUGGCUAAUGAUUCAUUGAGAUAUAGAAACAGCAAUUUGAUUAUUCCUUUUAUGUAUAGCAAUUACCCAUUCCCUUUGCAAAAUCUGCUGAGUUUUAUGAUGUUCUGACACACUAUAGAAUUAUCAUAUGACCCCUUUUUUUCAUUUCUGAUUGUAAUAAUAUAGUAUCACACAGUAGCUCAGUAAAGGGCAUUUUUGGAAAAAAAGCGAGUUUGUAAUAUUUGUGUAGAUAUGAAAUAAAAAGAAGAUAAUAUUGUAAAACUUAAUACCUGUGUAUAGCAUACUCUGCUCGUAAAGUAAAGAAA